UUAAUGAAGAAUAAAAGUGAGAAAAAAGUAUGCGAACGAAGAUGAUAAUUGCACAGUGUUGCUCUAGAGCAGCGUUUGGACAAUUGAGGAUGAGCUCCACCACCACUCCCACCCACGACGAUCUCGACGCCGUUUUUAAACAAAAGCGCUUAAUCCGAACGCAGGUCAGAAAAACGCUCAAGUCCAUUCAACCCUCCCUCAGAUCUCACCAAGAUAACGCCGUUCAGGACAUUGUUCUCGAAGCUCCCUGGUUCAAAUCCAGUCGCAGGCUUUGCGCCUACAUAAGCUGCGCUGCGCUACGCGAAGUCGACACAUUUAAAAUCUUGUCACAAAUUUUGCAAUACAAUGGUGGGAAAAAGCUGUAUGUGCCGCGCGUGGAGGAUAAAAAUAGUCACAUGCGAAUGCUCCACAUAUCGCGAAUUGAUGAUCUGGUUGCGAAUUCAAUGGACAUCUUAGAACCUGCUCCGGUUGAUGCUGAUGGAAAUGCGCGUGAAGAUGUUAUGCAGGCAAAUGAUCCUGUUGAUUUGUUCCUUUUACCUGGACUUGCAUUUGACAGAGCUGGAAGACGUUUAGGUCGUGGUGGAGGUUACUAUGAUACCUUCCUGAAGAAUUACCAAGACUUGGCAAAGACGAGGAAUUGGAGGCAACCCUUGCUUGUUGCUCUGUCUUAUUCUGAACAAAUUCUGGAUGAAGGAGUAAUACCAAUUACUCCGUCUGAUCUUCCGGUUGAUGCUCUUGUAUCUCCUGAAGGUGUGAUUCCCAUCAGUUCAGCUGCUUUAAACAGAAUGGAUCUCUAAACACUGACACUGGACUUCAAAGCUGAUCUUGAACACUUUCAACAGUAAAUCUUCAAUAAAGUUUUGUGGUUCCUAAAGUGGUCGAAGGCGCCAAAGGAUUUGGGUCUUGUACAACAAAGGAUAACCAAUUCAUUGGGUGGCACUGGACUGCGUUAAAUGAUUGCAUCCAUUCGAAGUUUCAGUACUUGAUUCAUCUUAAAUUCAGUAUGCUUUCUGUUAUGUUUGAACUUUGAAGUUUGAAGUUAACAUUCUUAAAUCACACGUGUUUACACAAGAAUUGCUAUGUUUUAACUCGUACGGUUAAUUUUAGACUUUUCAGUGUUUAUUUGUGAUAGCGAAAUGUCAGGUUUUCCUAUAUGGGAACAGGGAUUCAAAGGCCAUUUAAGAGCAAGGUGUUCGAGAAAUAUGAACAAUUU